UACAUCUUUUCAAAUGUUCCUCAAUUAAUAUAUAAGGGAUGCUUACACUGAAAUUAAAGGUCCAAUGGAAUAACUCUGUUACAACCGGAUAAAUCUUCAAUGGUAAACUAAUAAAUAAAAAUAACUAAGAAUAUAUGUAAAUAGAAAGAGAAGAGUCCCGUAAAAAAAUAUCGCUCAAAGUUGUUAGUUUGGUGUCCUUUUUUUUUGAUCAACUUAAAACAUUCAUUAAUAAGGCUUCAGACCUAGGAGGAGAAAACAUUGUAGAGGCAGGCUUUUGUAAGUUGUCGGCCUGCUCAUUACAGUCUCGAAAAACAAAAGAAAAACAACAAAAAUCGAAAGACGAUGAUAUAUAGAGACUCGAUGUCCGAGAGAAUUCCGUAGAGAUUCACCGGCUUGAUAACCGAGUUUAUUGCUCUGAUGAGCAAAAGAGAGUGAACAAAUCCAGAUUUUGGUGAUGCCGAGGUGUUGAGCGUGAGAGAGAGCCUCUCGAAUAGCCAACCCUUCAGCCAUAAGUGCUGAUGAGACCCAAGUUUGGUAGUUCGGUGUCCUUAAUCCAUAGAAACGAAUAACGAGAGUCCUUAUUAUCACUUCUAUAAACUAAUAAUAUGAUAAUUAAUAAAAGGUAAGUUUGAUUCUAUAGUUAACUUUUUGAUAAAUUAGUAUCUCUUAAAAUUAAUAAAAUAUUAUAAUUUUGAUGUUAUUAGUUCAUAAAUUUUUAUUGUAUAUUAAUAUAUUAAAUGACGUGUUAGUGAUGCUAUAGACUAUAGAUCUGCAUGUCUCAGUUAUUGGAUGUAAAUCAAAUGGAAUAAUUACAAAAAUCUCUGGUAGAAUCAAGUCUAAAAAUAUUAAACAACACGUUUAUGAUGAGAUAAGAUUUACUCUCAUCACAAAUCCAUGUGCGUCAUGCAUGCGUGAUGAAUUGUUUUCUCUGCUAAACCUUUUUAGUGUACGCUUGAUUAGUUUGCCGUUAUUUUUUUAAAAAAUUUGGAAUUAUUGGCUUUUUUUUCUUGGACUUAGUUAGGGAGGUGACCAGGAAAAAUAAAAACCACAACUGUUAAGCAAGUGUCCUACCAACCCAAGGACGGGUGUAUAAUAUAUUAAAUAUCUAUUGUUUAGGAUCUCAUGUUUUUCAAUAAUAGGGGUCUUAUUGAAUCCUCUUAAAUCUGUAGUUCAACGUUAACUUCUACUUGAAAACUAUUUUUAGGUGAUUAUUAGGUAAUUUUUAGUUCUACUAUCCUUGUGUUCCCUUUCCUAAACCUACUUGUUUAAUAUCAUAGUAUUAUAUAUAUCUUGUUAUAAAUUCGAAAUAAUUGUGUGAAAGAUUAUGAAUUAUUUUGAAUUGGCAUAUGUGUUACUAUUUAUUGAUAAUUUGGUUUGAUUACAUGCAACAUCGUUAAUUACUGCUGAUAUCCCAGUAUAUGUUAAUGUUAAUCAUAGGAUUGAAUUUGAAGUGGCAAAAAUAUUCGAAUAACAAACACCUAUUAUGAACACACACAACACGGGCGCAUAGGCUUAUUCCAUUAGCUACAAAUCUAAACUUUAAAGUUAUACUCAAAAACUGAUUAUGACGUAUGGAUUACCAGUAGCAACAUACGUGCUUUCAUCAUAUAAUCACAGAAAAAGUUUCCAUCGUUUCGAUAAGGUCCAUACUCCAUAAGGACGUUGAAAAUAUUAUAUCUCUUUUGUCCACUAAUAGUUUACUUUUUCAAAAAAGAUUGUAGUAAAGCUUUUCCACUCAUAGUUUGUUCACCAACCUUCUGAUUGAUUACAAAGAGUUACAUAAAAAAAAGCAAAAAGCAUAGACCGCCAUGUGUUCUUAUGUCGGCUUCGUUUAUACAUUGAGAACUUGUAUUUACUAAUGUAGUUGUGAAUGUUUUGCAGUGCUUUGAAUGAUUGUUUGUAUUAUUACUUCGAGUUGCCUUCUAUUGUCGCUAAUACUUAGUAUUCCAAAUAUUAAUUAUUUCUGGAGUAUAUAGUAGCGAAUGUAUCACAACUACUUUGAAUAAUUUGGGAUGGUUACAGAUAAAUUAAUUAAGUAAUGAAGGUUUGGUGAUAUCAAGUAAUUAACGUAGCCAAGUGCCAACAACAACACCAAACCCACCAAACAUUAAACAAGUCAAUAAAGACGUAAGUCUCUGACCUUUUCCACUCUUUUUAGUCUUUAGUUUGGUGAGAUUGUGCACUGUGCUCACACAUACUCUUUCGCUUUUUGGCUAUUUUCCGAUGUGAUUUGAAAUUACUUGAAUAAUAUUCUAUAACAAUAAAAUUUCUAUUUUCUCUAGCUCUCAGUUUUUGACGUUAUUUUAAUUUAUUUAAAGUUAAUUUAGAAAGCAUACAUUUUCUAUUUAUCUUGUGACGUAUUUGUUCUGGUAAAAAUAAUCCAAUUUACACUAAUUAAAUGUAUAUCCCUGACAAAAUAUAAAUACUUAAUUUCAUGGCAUGGGGGAAGAUUCAUUAAAAAUUAAACAGCAUUGUUCAUGAUAGUUAGUUUCUUAAUUCUUGUAUUGGAAAUACAUGAUUACGGGAUGUCUAUCUUCAAAAGUUGGUAUUUAUGCAUGGAGAGCCAGAUUGCUUACUUACACAAGACUUGCUGACAAAAAUUAAUAUUAACAAAUCUCAUUGCUUACCUUAAGCUAAUUCUUAAUUAAUUACCAAGUUGUAGGUGUAUAAUUAGUCAAGACACUAUAUAACACUCGCUCCGUUUUUUAAUAUAUAAUGUUUUGGUUUAGUGCACAAAAUUUUUAAAAAUUACAUUUUUUUAAAAAGUAUGUUUUAAAAUAGAAUUUAAAAAUCAUUCAAUCAAUUAUAAGAGAUAAUAAAAUCUUAAUUGACCGAACAACUUCCCAUAAAUUUAAAUUAAACUUUAAAACCUCAAAACAUCUUAUAUUUUUAAACAAAACAAACAUUUUAAAACAUCAUAUAAUUUAAAAUGGAGGGAGUACGAAACAAAUUGAUAUAUGAUAUUUCUUUUUGCCACUUUCUACUAUUAUUUUCUUUUAAAUAAAAUAUCAAAAUUUUGUACUUUUUUAUUGGGGACCUAGUUAUAUUAAUUGAAAUAAAUAAAAUAAAAUUAAUAUGUAUGAUUUACUUCUAAAAUAAAAUGUGAAAACUCAUGGAUCACGGUUAAAAGAGAAGAUAAGUUGCAUGCAUCAUGUGGAUGCGAAAUCAAGUAUCAAAGAGAAAAUGGAAUCAUACCAAAUAAUCAACCACACCACAGACAAACUUUUCCCACUCAACAAAUCUGAUUUGACAUUUAUCAAUUCCUUUGUUUACAUUCAUCUUUCUCAUGUCAAGAUCACACUCUUUCCUCUCACUUAUAUAAACAACAGAACCAAUUCUAUUUGGUAAAGAGAAUCUCAAACUUGAGUGCAUAUAUAUAGCAUAUAUAUAUAGAGAGAGAGGAGAUAGAGAGAGAGAAAAUGGGGAAAGGAAGAGCACCUUGUUGUGACAAGACCAAAGUGAAGAGAGGUCCAUGGAGCCCAGAAGAAGACUUGAAACUCAUCUCUUUCAUUCAAAAGUUUGGUCAUGAGAACUGGAGAUCUCUCCCCAAACAAUCUGGUUUGUUGAGGUGUGGAAAGAGUUGCCGUCUAAGAUGGAUUAACUACCUCAGACCAGAUGUGAAGCGUGGUAACUUCAGUGCAGAGGAAGAAGAAAUGAUCAUCAAGUUUCACCAGAGCUAUGGAAACAAGUGGUCGAAAAUCGCUUCUAAACUUCCAGGACGUACAGAUAAUGAGAUCAAGAAUGUGUGGCAUACACAUCUAAAGAAAAGACUGGUUAAGAGUUCAGCAAGUCCAGAUGAACCGGCCUCUCCUUGUUCUAGCGAUAAGACUCAAGCAGAAGACUGUUUGAACAUAAAGACAACUCGUGAUUCUACUACUUCAGCGUCUUCUGGUGGUUCCAACAAUUCAAACCAAGAAGAUGAUCCAAAUAUAAGUCUUAUGUUUGAGUAUAGCCAGUUUAAUGAUAUUAUAGAAGAGGUGGACAAGCCCGACCUACUGGAGAUCCCUUUUGACUCAGAUCUUGACAUCUGGAGUUUCUUAGAUGCUCCAAACGAGAACAGUUCAGUUUCAAGGGGAGAAGAAGAGUGUGAUGAGGAUGAAGUCAAGAAAUGGUUGAAGCACUUGGAAAAUGAACUCGGGUUAGAAGAAGAUGAUAAUCAUCAACAUCAUAAAGAGGGAGCACAAGACAAAGAUUCAUCACUCUUGAAGACCUACGAGCUCAUGAUACAUUAACAAGUCCAAAAUGUGAUUUACUUGACGUAUUUUCUAUUUUCAUGCGGUGAUCACAAAGAGACUUGUUAUUAUGGAUAUCGAUAUUUAAAAGAAAAGUUAGGUAGUAGAGAAAACGUAUCCCCAUAAUCAAUUUAUUGGCGUUUUCAGUGUAUAGAUAAUACAUAUACAAGUUGGUUAAAAUAUAAAUAAUACUAAAGCUUGAGACAAAACCAUGUUCAAGAUUCUUACUCAAGAAAUUUCUAGCGAAUAUUGAAAAAAAAUGAUGGUUACGUAUUGGGUUAAUUUUGAUUAUUUGAAACGUCAUUGCACAUGCCUUGUAAUAGAUAUUUAGAUGCAGCAACUAGUUUUGCUGAAUAACAAGUAAACAAGUGUGAACUCAUCAACGAGUCAAGGAACCGUCCUUUUCUCCAUACCUUCACUCAUCUCAACGUAUAUAGUGCCAAUCAUUACUAAAUCAAGAAGAUAAUCUUAAGAAUGUUGCAUCUCUCCUAAUGUUUCUUUAAAAUUCAAUGGAGUUAAAUAAAAUCAAGUUGGUUAUAAACUUAUAAUAGAUCCAAAGUUUUACUUUGCAAUCCUGUAUAAAUACAAAGACUACUGUUUAUAAUUCCAAAUAUAAGAUUAUUUUAAAAUUUCAUAUAAACACAGGAUUUAGUUUGGAGUUAUAUAUGAAGACAAUGUUUAUUUUGCAAUCUUGUAUAAAUACAAAGACUACUAUUAGAUGCAGUCUUGAAGAAAUUUGUUGCUGGAUUGGUCGUUGGGAUAGCGUGCAGCGGCGUAACAGGGUUACGAGAAGCUGCUUUGAAUGCGUUGAGAGGUUUGGCUUGCAUUGAUGAUCCUGAUCUCAUUUGGAUUCUUUUAGCCGAUGUGUAUUAUUCUCUCAAGAAGAAGAAGAGAGACAUGCUUCUUCCACCGUCGCCGGAGUUUCAAGAGAUAUCAAUGGUAUUGCCUUCACCGCGAGAAGAUUCCCCGGGGAGGUUUCUAUAUGUUGAGUAUGGUGGUAGGAGCUAUGGUUUUGAGCUGGAGUUUAGCUCCGUUGAGACCAUCUUCAAGACAAUGCAGUCUCUUGUCUUUGUAGACCAAAUGCUAAUAACCAGCUCGUAAAUACAGUCGUUACAAAAUAAAAUAUUUUUCAAGUUAAAUGGGUGUAACAUUCUAUUGAGUAAAACAAUGGGGCAAUAUUAGAAAACUAAAAAAGUACGGGGUCUAAAAUGAAAUUUUAACCGACCCGACCCGAGAAUCCUGAAAUAAAAGUGAGAUGUAUGUCGUUUGUUUUGUUCCGUCGGAGGAAAAAUAAUUGGAAGCGAACGGAGCUCGAUGGAGAAGAAGAAGAGAAGCAGAGCAAGGAGCGAAGAUCCUUCUUCGUCUUCCGAGAAUGAAGAGAGAGUUAAGAGGCAUAGAGGAACAGAGAAAGAUGAUGAGAGGAGAAGCAGGAGAAGUGAGAAGAAGAAGAAGGAGAAGAAAUCUCAUAAGCACCACCGAUCAAGUUCAUCAAAGAAGUCGAAGGAUGAUAAGCACAAAAAGAAAGACGCAGAAGGUGACCACAAGCUAAAAGAGGGGAUCGCAGAGCUAACAAGUGAGGACUACUUCUCUAAGAACAACGAGUUUGCCACAUGGCUGAAAGAGAAGAAGCGCACUUACUUCAAUGAUCUCACGACCGAGUCUGCACGGGAGUUGUUUUCUCGCUUUGUCAAGGCAUGGAACAGGGGGAAACUCGAGUCCCGAUACUACGAGGGAAUCUCCACUGCUCCACGAACAGCUCACAACUGGAAGAUCAAGCAGAAGUGAAACAAUCAAAACCCUUACUGCUGUUUGCUUCUUGUACGUUUGGAGGUUGAUGAUACAAGACAUACCUUCUCCAGUUUGUUCUACUUAGAGCGUUGUUACGAAACUUGUCAGAUAGAGACGGAUUUGUAAUUGGUUUUCAUAGGAAGAGGAAACUUCACAUA